UAAAUUAUAUGUAAGAGAAUCAAGGUUCGGCUGCCGUUGGACAGAUGGCGACGCAAUUGCCUUAGGAUUAAACGUCACCUAUGUCAAAUAAUUGUCAAACUUUGUCAAUAUCCAAAGAAAAAUAGAGGUAAAAAAGUAUUGUUUCUAAAUUAAUAUUACACGAAAUACAAAUGAUCGUAGUUUUUAUGUGAUAACAUAAUACAAAGGUGCUAUCAAUGUAAUUGUGCAUAUAUUAUGGCUGAUAGCGCCAAAGAUCCUGAAGAUAUUUUGAAAGGCUUUCAAAUUAACUGGAUUUGUCUUCGUGACGCAGAUGGUGGAAAGAUCUUCUGGCAAGGUUCUGAAGACCUGAGCUAUCCUGACAUUGAACAUGAAGCUCGCGUCCCGAAGUCGAUCCUCAAAUGUCGUGCAGUAUCUAGAGAAUUUAAUUUUAGCUCCAAGGAACAGAUUGACAAAUUCCGGCUGGAACAAAAGGUAUUAUUUAAAGGUAGGUGCCUGGAAGAAUGGAACUUUGAAUUUGGUCAUGUUGUGCGAGAAUCGACAAAUACAUGGCAAUCGAUCAUGGAAGCAGCCCCAGAGUCGCAGAUGAUGCCUGCAUCUGUUUUAAAGUGAGUCAUUUGUUGAGAUGACAGAGCAAAGUUACUAUAAUAAUUUUUUUCAGCGGGAAUGUUGUGAUAGAAACGAAAUUCUAUGAUGAUGAUUUGCUGAUAACGACUUCAAAGGUUCGCCUAUUUUACAUCUAGAGAUCUAGAUUAUAAUACAUUUUAUAUUAAUUAUAAAUGUUUUGUAUAUUUGUAUAAAACGGCGCUUAUCACUAAAUGUAAUUUGCUCUUCCAUUCCAAAGGUUGUCGGUUGAAUAAAAUAUUCU